AUGGCACAAGCCCUGAACAUUGAGGGCAUCGACAGCUCCGUCGUCUUGCUAGUGGCAGGCUCUGGUCUCGCGGAGCCGGGUGUCGACAUCCUGGUACAGCAACGGGUGUGCAAGCUUGGCCAAGUUGGAUAUCAGUGGGAGCUAACCAGUUUGAGAGCGAGGCAAAAGAGAGGAUCCGGCGUGUUGGAUUCGUUUUGUUCCGCGAGCUACCAAUUGUACUGUAGGCAAUCUGAAUCCGUGUCCGCGGCUGCCAGGGCUUGCGAGAGAAGUUCUCGCAUUGGGAAUCCCAAAUGCCUUUCCGCCAUGGCGCAAUACUCUUGA